AUGAUGAAUCUCACCAAUGAAAUCCACGAUGUAAUCAUCGUCGGUGCCGGACCCUGCGGUUUGGCCGUGGCUGCACGAAUUCACGAGCAGACUCCUUCAGCGGUAUUCACAGACGAAGAACACCAGCGAUACCACUGGAUUAAAAGACACACUGGGAAAAUGAAUCUUAUCCAAGCAGGGCGCAGCAAGAAAAACGGUGUCCGAGCAGAAAAAUGGAAUCGCGGACACAGAACCUGUCCCUGCAAGGACGAGAAAAGUACAAAUUCAACCCGCCGCGGGUCUACCGACUCAAUAUCAUCUGUGCCAUCGCUGUCAUCAGACUCAUCGACUUCGUCUGCUACGUCGAUUUCGACGUUAGUUUUGGAUGGGACGGGGGAUCAGUGGAUGCAGCGGUGGAACAACGCUUUUCGCACCCUGGAGAUUAAACAACUGCGGAGCCCGAUGUUCUUCCAUGUAGACCCUGGGGAUCGAGAUGGGAUGUUGGCAUAUACGCAGGAAGUUGGGAGGGAGGAUGAUCUGUGGGAGAUCUCGGGGUGUGUUGGGAAGGAGAUGAGCAAGCAUAAGAAGAAGAAGAGACGUCAAAGUGGGAAGACUCAAACCCUAGGAGUUGAGAUUGAUGAGCGCGAUCGCAAAGACUACUUCUCCCCUUCGACCGAUCUUUUCGCCGACUACUGCGCUUCUAUCAUAGAUCGAUACGGCCUGAACGAACCCAGCCAGAUCCUCAAACAAGAAGUCACAGACAUCACCUUUGGAUAUUUGCCUGACAAUCUCGAUAUUGCGGUACCAAAUUGCAAGACUUUCACUUUGACUACUUCGACCGGACAGAAAUUCUAUAGCCGGGCCGUUGUACUUGCAAUGGGUGCUGGAGGAGCUGGGAUCCAGAAGAUCUUCCCCUGGAAACCAUCAAAUGAAGCGGAAAGUGCUGAUACUUGCUGCCAUAGCAUGGAAAUCAAGACUUUCCCGAGUCCCAAUGUGCGAAGCAAGAUUCAGCAAAGGCGAGAGACUAAUGUGGUCGUUGUAGGAGGGGGACUUUCCUCGGCCCAGAUUGUUGAUAUGGCUGUGCGAAAAGGAGUGACUAAAGUUUGGUUCCUGAUGAGAUCUGAAUACAAAGUCAAACACUUUGAUAUCAGCUUGCCCUGGAUGGGAAAGUAUAAAAACUGGGAGAAAGCAGCCUUUUGGUCAGCAGACACUGAUGAAGAACGCCUCGAAAUGAUCAAGACUGCUCGAAAUGGUGGCAGCAUUACCCCUCGCUACACAAGAAUAGUCAAAAAACAUGUCACCCACAACCGAGCAUCCAUUCACACACGUACGGAAAUAGCUUCCCACAAAUAUAAUCCAGAAACCCAGACCUGGACUCUAACUACCGAUCCGCCGAUCCCAAACCUACCGCCGAUCGAUUACAUUUACUUCGCAACGGGGGCACGCUCCGAUGUCCGCGAAAUGCCACUUUUGAGUAAAAUCAACGCGGAGUACCCUAUUGAAGUCAUCGAGGGUCUUCCCUGUCUCACUGAUGAUCUCAUGUGGCGGGACGAUGUACCCCUCUACAUUACAGGGCGACUAGGGGCUCUACGACUGGGUCCCGGAGCUCCAAAUCUUGAAGGAGCCAGGCUUGGCGCAGAGAGGAUUGCCUGGAGCUUGGAGGAGAUCCUUCAGAAGGACCGGGACAUUGGAGAUCACUGUGAGGGGUUCUGUGGACUGGGAAACCGGUAUGCUUCAUUAGUUGGGGAUGGUGAGGACGAUAAUGAGGAGGCUAUAGCUACACGCUAG